AUGGCGAGUGGGGCCCAGGGAUGCGGCCGUUGGCCCCCGCUCCACCUCGGGCUCCUGCUCCAGCUCGCCGCGCUACUCCGGACGCCGGGGCUCCAGGUCCAGAGCCUCAGGCCGGAGAGCCUCCUGCUGGUGUCCACCCUGGAUGGAAGUCUCCACGCACUGAGCAAGCAGACGGGGGACUUGAAGUGGACGCUGAAGGAUGAUCCCAUCCUCCAAGGGCCAAUGUAUGUCACCGAGACAGCCUUUCUCUCAGACCCAGCCGAUGGCAGCCUAUACGUCUUGGGGACCCAGAAACAGCAGGGAUUGAUGAGGCUGCCAUUUACCAUCCCCGAGCUGGUUCAUGCCUCCCCGUGUCGCAGCUCUGAUGGCGUCUUCUACACAGGCCGGAAGCAGGAUGCCUGGUUUGUGGUGAACCCUGAGUCGGGAGAGACGCAGAUGACGCUGACCACAGAGGGUCCCUCUACCCCCCGCCUCUACAUCGGCCGAACACAGUACACGGUCACCAUGCAUGACCCCAAGUCCCCGGCCCUGCGCUGGAACACCACCUACCGCCGCUACUCGGCACCCCCCAUGGAUGGCUUGCCUGGGAAAUACAUGAGCCACCUGGCAUCCUGUGGGAUGGGCCUGCUGCUAACCGUGGACCCAGGAAGUGGGGCGGUGCUGUGGACACAGGACUUGGGCAUGCCCGUGAUGGGAAUCUACACCUGGUACCAGGACAGCCUGCGUCAGCUGCCCCAUCUCACGCUGGCUCGAGACACCUUGCAUUUCCUCGCCCUCCGCUGGGGCCACAUCCGACUGCCUGCCUCAGGCGCCCAGGACACGGCUACCUACUUCUCCGCCUUGGACACCCAGCUUCUGAUGACACUGUAUGUGGGGAAGGAUGAAACUGGCUUCUAUGUUUCUAAAGCACUGGUUCACACAGGGGUGGCGCUAGUGCCUCGAGGACUGACCCUGGCCCCCAUGGAUGGCCCCACCACAGAUGAAGUGACACUCCAAGUCUCAGGCGAGCGAGAGGGCUCACCUAGCACGGCUGUCAGAUACCCCUCAGGCAGUGUGGCCCUCCCUAGCCAGUGGCUGCUCAUUGGACACCACGAACCGCCCCCAGUCCUGCAUACCACCAUGCUGAGGGUACAUCCCACCCCAAGGAGUGGCACUGUUGAGAACAGACUCUCAGAGAGCACGCAGCCUCCAGCCCUCUUCCCGGAGCUCCUGAGCCUGAGCCGUGAGAAGCCUUGGACCCCGGAGCUGCAUCCUGAAGAGAAAACCCCAGAACUGUAUCCAGGGCUGGGACCCCAAGACCUAUUGGCAGCUAGCCUCACUGCUGUCCUCCUGGGAGGGUGGAUUAUCUUCCUAAUGAGGCAGCAGCAGCAGCUGGUGGAGAAGCAGCAGCAGGCCCUCCUGGCACCUGCAGACCCUCCUCACAUCACACAGCGUGCUCAGCCCCAGCCACCAGGGGCCACCCCACAGAGCCAGAAGGGCCUUCGAAGCCCCUCAGAGCAAGCCCAGGCAGUCGAAGACCCAGAAGCUGAGCAGCUCACCGUGGUGGUGGGCAAGAUUUCCUUCAACCCCAAGGACGUGCUGGGCCGCGGGGCAAGCGGGACGUUCGUUUUCCGGGGCCAGUUGGAGGGCCGGGCCGUGGCUGUCAAGCGGCUGCUCCGUGAAUGCUUCGGCCUGGUCCGGAGGGAGGUCCAGCUGCUGCAGGAGUCGGACAGGCACCCCAAUGUGCUCCGCUACUUUUGUACCGAGCGGGAACCCCAGUUCCACUACAUCGCCCUGGAGCUCUGCCAGGCCUCCUUGCAGGAGUACGUGGAAAACCCUGAGCUGGAGCGCUGGGGCCUGGAGCCCGGGGAGGCGCUGCAGCAGCUGAUGUCCGGCCUGGCCCACCUGCAUUCCCUACACAUCGUGCACAGGGACCUGAAGCCGGCCAACGUCCUCAUCGCGGGGCCUGACGGCCCUGAGGGCCGAGGCAGGGUGGUGCUCUCAGACUUUGGCCUCUGCAAAAAGCUGCCUGUCGGCCGCUGCAGCUUCAGCCUCCGCUCGGGCAUUCCCGGCACGGAAGGCUGGAUGGCACCCGAGCUCCUACAACUGCUGCCCACCGACGGCCCUACAAGCGCAGUGGACAUCUUCUCUGCAGGCUGCGUGUUCUACUAUGUGCUUUCUGGCGGCAGCCACCCGUUUGGAGAGAGUCUUUACCGCCAGGCAAACAUCCUCGCAGGGGCUCCCAGUCUGGCUCACCUGGAGGAAGAGACCCACGACAAGGUGGUUGCCCGGAACCUGGUUGAGACCAUGCUGAACCCCUCGCCGCAGGCCCGCCCCUCUGCUCACCAGGUGCUGGCCCACCCCUUCUUUUGGAGCAGAGCCAAGCAGCUCCAGUUCUUCCAGGACGUCAGUGACUGGCUGGAGAAGGAGCCUGAGCAGGGGCCCCUGGUGAGGGCGCUGGAGGCGGGAGGCCCCGCGGUGGUCCGGUGCAACUGGCACACGCACAUCUCCGUGCCGCUGCAGAUAGAGCUGAGAAGGUUCCGGACGUACAAGGGGACGUCGGUGCGAGACCUGCUCCGUGCAAUGAGGAACAAGAAGCACCACUACAGGGAGCUCCCGGCUGAGGUGCGGCAGGCGCUAGGCCACGUCCCGGACAGUUUCGUCCAGUACUUCACAACCCGCUUCCCGCGGCUGCUGCUCCACACGUACGCGGCCAUGAGGAGCUGCGCCUCUGAAAGUCUCUUCCUGGCCUACUAUCCGCCGGCCUCGAGGCCCAGGGGGCCGUGCCCAGGGGCCGCGGGGAGCUGAGACAAGGAGCUGGGCCCGUGGCCAAGGCUGGCCUCAGCGUCAGAAGAGACGGACAGAGACUUGGCAGCCUGGGGCUUCUGGAGCAAAGAUGUGCCCAGAGCCCAGGCACCCCUCAGGGACUACAAGAAGAAAAAAGAUUCACGUGUUUAAUGUAUAUAAAGGCAAGGAAAGGACAGUC